AUGCGUCUUUUGCCAACGCUCGCCACCGCGCUCCUGUUCGCAGUCAAUGUGACAGGAAGUCCAGCCGCACCUUCAGCCUCGGUGGAAUCCGUCACCCCUGUCGUGAACAGUGUAGACGAGGCCGCUCCGACAACCUCAGCCCCGACAACCUCCGCCGCUCAGGCAAACAAUGUCAAUCAGGCCAAUGUCGCAGCCGAGACUACUACUGCCGCCGACACCGUCAAUGCUGCCAACACGGCUACUGCAUCUGUGGCUGCGACAGAAGAGACCACCGCUGUUGCAGAUACCGCAGACCCGACCACGGCCAACCCUGUGGAAUCCGUGGUCGGUGGCAUAAAGACCGCUCUUGGUGCCGAUGCGAAUGAAUCAGAUUCAGCCGAUGCAGCCAGUUCGACUGGAACUGUUGAUAACUCGGCUGCUGUAACUAGCUCCUUCGCUGCGGCGACUACCUCCUCGGCCCCCAAGGCUACCUCCUCCGCUGCGUCUGAUACAGGCACCUCAAGCACCAAGUCUACCAGCUCUGAUAGUAGUUCCGACGAUACCACAUCGUCUGAUAUCCUGCCAGACUUGAAAGAUGCCUUGUCGAGUUUGCUCGGGGGUAGUGGCGGCCUUGGGGACCUUCUAAGUGGUCUUGAAAGUUUGCUUAACCCCAGCUUCUUGGGUAAUUUCGCCGACACCUUCGAAUAUCUCUCUACCGGUCUAGCACCCCCGGUCGACAACCAGCUCCGAACCUUGGUGGGCAAUGCCAACGACCUCCUGACUGCAAGCUUCAUCAAGAAGACCGGUAGUCUCAUUGACAAUGCCAACAGCCUCCUGACCGAGGAGAACACCAAGGAGAUUGGAACUCUCCUCCAGGUGGCCAAUAAGUUGUUGUCCAGUCAGUUUAUCGACAAGGUGGACAAUCUCAUCGACAACGCCAACAACCUCCUCACCUCCAAUUUCGUCAAGAAGACCACAAACCUCAUUGACAAAGCCAGCCCUCUCAUUGACAAGGCUGGCCCUCUCAUCGAUGAUGCCAGUGGCCUGCUUACCGAGAAGAACGUUCAAGCGAUUGAAUCACUCUUGACCAACGCCAACACGCUGCUUACUGCCACAUUUGUCAAGGAGACCACCAAUCUCAUCGGCAAGGCCAGCCCUCUCAUCGACGACGCCAGUGGACUCCUUACCGAGGGCAAUGUCAAGGCAAUUGAGUCACUCUUGUCCAAUGCAAAUAAACUGCUCACACCCAGCUUUAUCUCGACUACCGGCCAGCUCAUCAAGCAGGCCGGUCCUCUCAUCAACCAAGCAAGCGGUCUUCUCACCGCGGGUAAUGUCAAGGAGAUCGAGUCACUUUUGGGCAAUGCCAACAAGCUGCUCACGCCCAGCUUUAUCUCGACCACCGGCAAGCUUAUCAACCACGCCGGUCCUCUGAUCAAUCAGGCAAGCGGUCUUCUUACUGAGGGCAAUGUCAAGGAGAUCGAGUCACUCUUGGGCAACGCCAACAAGCUGCUCACGCCCACCUUUAUCUCGACUACCGGCAAGCUUAUCAGCCAGGCCGGUCCUCUGAUCAACCAGGCUAGCAGUCUUCUCACCGCGGGCAAUGUCAAAGAGAUCGAGACUCUCCUCGGCAAUGCUAAUAGCCUGCUGACUACCAGCUUCGUGAACCAGACAACUAGUUUGAUCGAUGAAGCGAGUGAGCUCUUGUCUUCGGAUACGGUUGACGGGCUGAAGUCUCUCCUCACUCAGCUUACUCCUAUCAUUCCCGAGCUGAAGGGCCUGCUCAAGCCAGCCACUAUCAGCGCAAUUGAGAACGUGCUUGGCAACGCUAACAAGUUGCUCACGGACUCCUUCGUCAAGGAUACCAACACUCUGGUCACCGAGGCUGUCGGCCUUCUCACCCCCGACCUGGUCAAGGCUCUAAAGUCGCUUCUUAGCGACCUUACUCCGCUGAUCCCCGAGUUGAAGUUGCUGUUGACCAAGGAAACCAUCAAUUCGAUCGAGGCCCUCUUGAACAACGCCGGAAACUUGCUCACGUCAGACUUCGUCAAGGAAACCAAGGGACUGGUCGGCGAAGCCAGCGACCUGCUCACUCCGGAGGUGGCCAGUGGGUUGAAGUCGGUCCUGAAGGACGUCAUUCCUUUGCUUCCGGAGCUGAAGUCGCUUCUGAACAAGAGCACCAUCUCUGCCAUUGGCUCUCUCCUGUCCAACGCCAACACCCUCUUGACCCCCAAGUUCGUCAACGAGACCAUUGGUCUGGUCGACAGCGCAGACGACCUCCUGACCCCAACCAUCGUCACUGGACUGAAGGAUCUCCUCGGCGACGUCAUUCCCCUGAUCCCCGAUCUCAGAAAGUCACUGCUGAACACCACCAUCAUCACCGACCUGGGAUACAUUGUGACCAACGCGACGACUUUGCUCACCCCCGCCUUUGUCGACGAUACCGCAGACCUUGUCGAGAACGCCGAUGGCCUCUUGACCCCCAAGGUGGUCAGCACGCUCAAGGAGAUUCUUGGAUACGUGCCCGAUUUGUUGCCCGAGGUGAAGAAGUUGCUCAAGCCGUCUGUCAUUUCGGAUGUUGGCGCGCUCUUGGAAAAUGCUCAUGAUCUGCUUACUCCUAAGUUCGUCAACGAGACAAGCGUGCUGAUCGAUGACGUGACAAGCUUCUUGCCUUUGAUCCAGGAAUUGCUCAAGGCGCUGUGA